AUGUCCUCUACUGAGAGACAUCUCAAUGGUGACCUCAAUGCUUUGGAAAUGUGCAGGGGCAUCGGUAGCAGACCAGACUCUGGUUUUUCUGAUAUCAUUGCACGAAGCAGUACCAUGGGCGAGGUCAGCGAUAGCAGCUUCCAAGACUCACUUAUUCAACAAUCGUCCUCAUAUGGAGUCAGAUCGCCGUUCGGAAGAUCACCCAGUCAGGAAACGUCUAGGUCAUGGAGACCUCUGCAAAGUCCACUUGUCAUUCGACCUAUAAUGCCAAUGAAUUCUGGACGAGCAUUUCGACCCAGGUCAGCGCCUCUAGCACUUAGUGGUUUCUCCCUUUUGGAAGACGAAGAUGAAGAUGCGGAUGAUGAGAUUAGCGAUCAUGAUCCAGUUUCCAGUAGCAGCAUUACCUCCAAUAGAUAUCAGUCCCAACCAAGUCAUAAUCAGGCCCAAUCGAUUGGAAAUCUCAGUGAACAUUCCCCUCCACCACCUGCCGUCUUUAUUCCACGGGAUCGUAGGAGAAAUACAGGUUCUUGCAUUUUUGAAAUGUGCCGAUGCUUGGGAAGUCGCCUAUCGUCAUCCUCUCGAUCAUCUAACCACCGACAGCUGCUGAGUUUAGACACCCGAUCUGUUGCUACCCAAACAUUUGCUCCCUCUUUCCUAGCCAGUUGUCCACGGCCAACUCCUCACAGACGUCUCUUUGCAGCUGUUCGACCUCAAUCGGCUCCGUUGCAAGAAGAGGAGGAAGAAGAAUAUGAAGGGGAGGGAAAAGAAGGCUUGGAAGGAGUGCAGAAAGAACCUCAGGUUGCAUCCUCCUGGGGUGCUCACCAGCAACCCCCAAGUCCCGCUAUGUCAGAGGCUGUUGGUUCUGCAAAAUCAUCAGCUCUCGAUCAACAACAGUGUUGUCACUACUGCCUCUCCCACUCUUCUAUUGGUCGUCCUCAAUCACCUCAGGAAUACUCGCAAUCUUCAUCCGUGUUUGUGUUCGGGGAGGAAAUGCUCGAUCUAAUGGAUGAAUGUGGGUCUGCAUCUAGCCCUUGCUCUAGAUUUCAACAACCUCACGCUGAAUCUCCGGUCGGAGGCGCGGAGGUAAGAUCGCCAGAUCAUGAGAUGUUGCUCGAAAUUGCCCCAUACCUUGAAGCACCGCAGCGCCCCGCUUUUGUACGUCUCAGGUCAGCUUCAGCUCCUACCGACGUUAAGGACUGCUGCGAACCCACGAAACUACGACAUCGUCCUGUCCGAAGACGUUCACGUAGGCAUUCUUACAACUACGAGAAUCUGGCCAGUAUUGCUCAACGCAUGGCGGACGCUGGAGAUGCAUUUCACACACUCUACGAAUCAGGCCAUCGGACAAAUUCAUUGCAGUGGUUGUCCUCAAGUUUGGUUGACAUGGUCUCACGACCAAUAGGAGUUCUAUGUGACCUAUGGACUUCAGGGACGUUAGAUACAAGAGAUGUGCAAAACGAUUCCGUUCGUCAACUUCACCAGCUUUUAGCAUUCUUAGAUCUGGAAGAUUGUAAGGAUGUUUUGCGGAAAAUUGGAGUUUUGAGUUUCCAAAAUUUGGAAGAGGUUGAUGAAAAGGAGUUGCGAGAGGUUUUACCGGGUCCAGCAGUAGGCCGAAUUUUGGCAUAUUAUCGCAAAUUUUCUUCCCUCGGUCCGAAGAAAAAUAAAUAUCCACCAUUGAGAUACUUUCUGGAACAGCUUCACCUGGCAAAUGCUGAGGCUGAUUUGAAAGAAAAAUUAAAGAUAUCUCGCGUGGAACAUUUAAAAUUUACCACCGAAGAUCAUCUUCAACAGGUCGUUAGCAAGGAAGAUGCAAAACGAAUAAUAAAGGCUUAUAAAGAAUUGAAGUGCAAUCCUUUCAAGAAGAUGAUGAAGUCUUAUGGAGCUAAAUUUAAGGAAAUGAUAUUCCGUUCGAAAAAUGGCUCUCAAAAGCACGAUUCUUCAGAAAGGUAA